AUGUUGACUGGCAUAGAAAAUAAAAUCGGUUCAGAUCAGUCGUCUCAGCCGCUUUCCGUUGGUCCUACCGAAGCUAGAAAGCGUGAUCGUCGCAAUGCAUCACUCUCGUCAGACUCAGUCGAGCAAAGUCAGGCUAACGCCCGCGAUGUCGUAGCCUCGUGGCUUACUAGCGGAGCAAAUUUUCUUAGGCGCAGACCCUCUGAGAAGCGACCAUGUACGCGUGCGUCUCUCAAUACGCGCAUUUCCCAACCUGCCGUUCUGGUGAAGAAUACUCAGAGUUCGGAAGCUGACUUUGAUGACAGUGUUUCCAACGCAUCUGAACAAACACCAACUAAUCUUCCCCAUAGUCCAGCGCUAAUAAUGGAUGACACUACUUGCGGGCGGAACAGUUCUCCUGGCAGCCCAAGCAGCGUCGACAAGGAAAACCCGUCCAAAGAAGAACUCUUGGGUAUUGCGAAACUCAGUCCUCCCUCACAGUCAUAUGACGCUUCAUUGGCUAUUCGAAAUGCCGUUAACCAUUUGGACCUCGCAAACUACGACAACACUAUGAUUGACUUUAUUCAGUCACAAGGAUCACAAUCAGAUCGCUUUUGUGUCCCUAGUCGCACUGUUAUUCAUGGCAAAGUCGGCAAUGCCACAUCGCGGUUCUUGGUACGGCGUCGUUUCGCUUUGAGUAUAGAGCCCUUCAGACAUUAUACCCAUCGCCGCACAGAUCGUCCAGCCGGCGCCAGACAGCACAAACCCACAUGCCGCCAUGCACGCGACUUGAACAAAAAACCUGACAAUGAUUUCAAACCAACUGCGUUUCAGACGUCGAAGCCCCGAGAUUUGGAUGAAACAGGUGCAGACUUGUCAUUGCCUUCAGACUUCCUACUGUCCGAAGCUUCUGAGAUGCCCCAGCCGGAGCAUCUGAAAAGCCCUCAUCAAGAUUUAUCUAAAUCCGGUAGCCUCCUUCCUUUGGUGGGAGGUUCGCCAACAGGGGAUUUGUCGCUUUUCAAGCGCCCCAAAGCUCCGAUAGGCCAUCCUCUGCCUAGGACACUUUCAUCAGCAGAACAAAAACCUUCUUCGGUGAAUCGGGAAUCUGCUGCGGAUGUUGAAACGCAACUUCCAGGACCGGCAGUGGCUGAAUUUAAUCCACCAAUGGCGCAAUCGACACAGCAAAAGAUCGACAGUCUUCAAUCGAAGAAACCCAUCGUGAACGGAUCAGAGCGUGAUCAAUUUGAUGUACUGUUCGGCCGUCCUUGGAGUACCACGUUAGAAGAUGCUUUUUUGGAUGUUAAAAUCGCAUGUUAG